AUGCACAAGCAAGAAGCAACAAGCAAGAUGAGAGGAAGGGAAGGUCAGCAGGACGGCGCAGUCCGCAUCACUCACUUUUUGGGAAGGCACUCGACAUCCGCCGACUUCCACCUCUCGGUAGCUAUCGAUCCGUCGAUAGUGCAGAGAAUGACACUAGUCUCCUACUCGGAUUCCGAAGAGGACGACGAGCCCGUGGCCAAGCGACCCAAGAACGAGGCAGACCACAAAGACGACCUCCCACCACUGCCAGCGUCCUUUUUAAAUCUCUAUUCGUCCAGCGUCCGCGUCAGCAACACUGACGAUCCGUCUUUGCACCACGGCCGCAAACGCGUCGUCAAGCAUGUCGAGGGAAAUUGGCCCACCCAUGUCUAUCUCGAAUGGCUCCCAUCACCUGCUGAACAUGACACACUGAACAAACUCCUCAAAGCCUUGCCAGAAUCGUCAAAUGUGCGUUCUCUACUGCAAACACCACUCCAAGUGCCCUUGCCUUUGCACAUCUCUCUUAGUGCACCUCUAGUAUUGCGCACUGAAAACAAAGAUGCUUUCCUGGAUACCAUCACAGAAGGCAUAACUCCAAUGAUCCGGUCACUGCGACAUCCAAUCGCAGUACGACCUGCGUCACUAUCAUGGCACGGCAACGACGAUAACAGCCGCUACUUUCUGGUACUCCGCGUCCAAGACACCCAGCAAUCCCAAGACACCAGCGCUCUAACCCUGCUAAACCAACUCCUUCAAGCCAGCAACAAGGCCGCCCUCCAGUACAACCAACCCCAACUCUACACAAAGCUCAAACGCCAAGCGGGAAGCCACGACUUCUCGCCCUACUUCCACAUCAGUAUUGGCUGGUCUCUGCCAUCGCCAGACCGUAAUUUGGAAGACGACAACCUAAAGUUGCAACCAGCUGUGGACUCCAUCCUUAGAAAGCUCUGCGAGAACAUGAUUGUGUCUUUUGAUGCAGUCAAGAUCCGCAUAGGUCAGACUGUUACGGCUCUGCCGAUUGGAAGUACGCAACCGCACUCUAGGAAAAGGGGUGGUGUGUUUAGUUGA